GGGUCAAUAAAAAUGUAUUUGUAGAAUUUAGGUGUUUGUCAUGGUUUUUGCUCUUUGUGUAUUCAAAAUUUAAGUUAUGGCUUUGUAUACAUCCAUAUAACAGAGUCUUACCACAAAAUGAAUUGUAAGAAUUCAAUAAUUUCACUAGGUAAUAUUCACUAGGUAAUAGUCUUUGGUCUGGUCGCGGAUCAAGAAGAAUUUCGGAUAUUGGCCUUUUUACCUACAACCAGGAGUUUAAAGCUUUAUAGAUAACAUGUGAAUUUGAAAAUAAUAAUAAGUGAGAAAAAGCGAAAUCUAUCUUCUAUUAUUACUCUGCUUAUUAGUAGCUUACAAAAAUAAACAUCACAGAGCAAAUUCCAUGCCACCAACCUCAUAAAAUUUUGUAACAAAUAAAAGUCUCCUAGUCAUGUUUGGGCGCUAACUAAGCUAGUUAUAUUUUUGUACCAUGUUUUCAUGAUAUUUGUACAGCUAUGCUGAAAUUGACACACGGUUUUUGCAGAUACUCAAGACUCACAUAUGAGAAUAUUAAUCAUUAUUCAACUGUUGCGCAACAUUUUACAAAUUUGAACUGUAAAAGAAAGACAUGUUUUACAUGGCACAGUCAGCAAUCAUUACUAAGUCCUAUUGUUUACUCGAGUGUACAGUGGCGAUCGUUAGCUAAUAUAAAAAAGAGAUUUCGGAAUAAUAAAUUGUAUAUUGAUUCCAAUGCGGCCAAGAAACCUAAGCUAAUGAGUGAAUCAUUGCACCCUACCUUGAAACACAACAGCUAUGGAGGACAAUUUGAGAUUUCAGAGGAAGAAAAUUCGUCCAACGAAUGGCUCAAUCAAUCCAGUUCCCUCAACAAAACACCAAGUAAUAUACCAACUGACUUCCGGAUAUGGGAGUCGGUGGGAAAUAAUAAUGACAAAUCAAACGAAGGUUUUAGAUUUAAAGUGAUGUCCUACAAUGUCCUGGCGCAGUACUUGCUGGAAUGCCACCCAUAUCUAUACAAGGAAUGCACGCCCCGAAAUCUUAAAUGGAAAGUUCGCUCUGCUAGGAUUUAUGACGAGAUCUUAAGUAUAUCGCCUGAUAUUUUAUGCCUUCAAGAAGUGCAAAUAUCUCAUUUAAGUAAUUUCUACGUGAAAUUGGAACAGUUGGGAUAUUUCGGUAUAUACAAGCAGAAGACUGGUCACAGGCACGAUGGAUGCGCGAUUUACUUCAAGCAGUGUCAUUUUGACAUGCAAGAUCAUAUUACAGUGGAGUUCUAUCAGCCGGAGAUGCCUAUUCUCAAUCGGGACAACAUAGGCCUGAUGGUGAAAUUAAUACCGAAAGCAGCGCCAUGUACACCCAUCGUGAUCGCCACAACCCACCUCUUGUAUAACCCUAAGAGAACCGAUGUACGCUUGGCACAAAUGCAAGUACUCUUGGCAGAAAUCGACCGAUUUGCAUACGACAGUAACGCGAAAGGGACUUACUUGCCCAUCAUUUUAACUGGAGAUUUUAAUUCAAGUCCAGACAGUGCAGUUAUAAAGUUGUUAGAUAAAGGACGAAUUAGCGCUGGUGCAUUGAGAGACAAUUCAGACUGGAGGAAAAUUGGCGUAACUGACAACUGUCAGCAUCUCUCUGUCUAUUUAAAUAGGCAUAAAGGAAUCACUGCCGAUUUUAGUAUGAUAAAGAUAUUCAAUUCAGAUUUCACAAUGAACACUCCAGAGGAUGACACAGCUCAAAUACCGGAAUACAGCGGGAUGUUCAACAGUGAUUCGAUCCGACACCCUUUGAAACUGUCAUCAGUCUACAAUAAGACGAAAAGUGAUGGUCGUUUCGAGGCGACCACGUUCCAAGACUAUUGGAUCACCGUGGAUUAUAUUUACUUCAGUCAUUGCAAAUCUCUCAAGCUCUUGGAACGGCUUCGUCUGCCGUCGGAAGUUGAGUGUGACGUCCUCGGCCGGCUCCCGAACGACAUUUACGGCUCCGACCACCUCGCCCUCGCAGCGGUGUUCGAAAUCAAACCUACCAUGUCUUCCCUCUAAAACUUUUUCAACUAUCAAAGGGUCUUCUAUAUUACAGGUUUCGAGGUAACCGUUUAACAUAUCUGUAUAUGUAAGUAAUUAACAUAAUACAUCCCUUUUUCGAAACGGGUUUUUGGAUAUUUGCUAAUGACAUAUGAGAAAUAUGUGACAAGAUAAUUGUUUGUUUUUGAGUAUUUUAUUUAUGGUAUUUGGAAUUAUUUUUAUCAUAAAAUCCCGGGUUUUAUGACUUAAUUUUGUUCAUUAGCUGAAACUUAUAAAUGUUGUAGUUAUAUAUAUUAUGGAUAAACCUUGUUGAGAAUGGAUAUCGUUUUGAAUUGAAUGAAUCGUGUGAUUGGAGUCGCAUAUUAAUCUUUAAAAGUGUCUGUAACUACUGUACUGUACUAUGUAAAGGAUAAAAAAUAUUCUUCAAAAUCAAAAUAUUUUGCCUGGGGCAAUAGGGCGUUAAUAUAUUCAUUAUGUAUUGUUUUUUAUUGAUAAUAAUAAAUAUCUUUCAAUAAAUGAAUGAUUUUCAAAAAUAAAUGAAAAGUAAUUUUUAAGGGUUUAUUUGGAAAUAAAUUAGGGCUUAAGAUAACAAUGUAAAUAGUAUUGUUUUUAUUAAAAUUGGACGCAAUAGAAGCUGUACAAAUAUUACUGUUAUUAAUCUUACGAUUAUUUCAAUAUGAUUAUCUAAUAAAUA